AGAUUUUAAUGUAUUUCUAAGUGUUAUAGAUUACUAAAAUGUUGAGAGAAUAGUAGAUUGGUGGGGGAGUUGAAAAAUAAUUAAUUGGAAGCUAAAUGGGUAUAUAAUAUAAUGUUAGCCUCAAUUUUAUUAAAUAUAAAUAUUUGGGAUUGUUUUAAUUUGUUACUUAUAGAUUCAUUUUGAAAUACAAAAUAAUAAUAAAUGGAAUAAUUUUAAUUAGCAUCAGCAAUAUUUCUGAAAGAAUUUUUGAGGGUAGUUGAUUUUUAGAAUUUAAAUACUGAAAGUAUAGAUGAUCAUAUAGAAUAAUUAAAAACUCAAAUAUUAUAAAAUCAAUAAUAAAAUGGACAUUUAAAAGAAGAGUCAAAUUAUAAUGGGUAACUUGAAUUUCCAGAAUUAGAAUAGCCUAUAAAAUAAAAAAUUAAAAAAAAGUAAGCAAAUAAAGAGAAAAGUAAUGGUUAAAAGUAUUUCUAUUGUUCAAAAUGUAGCAAGAAAUUUAAUCAUCCUUCAAGUUUAUCAAGACAUAAGAAAAAUUAGCAUAAAAAUAUAAAAUAAGAUAUGAUUGAAGUUAAGCAACUUUAAAACCAAUAACAAGAAGUUACAAUUAAUUUGACGGAUCUCGAAAUUUGA